CGUCGCCCUCCCCCUUCGCCUGGGCGGUUCUCUUUUCAGACUGUUUAGAAGAGAUGGCGGCGAAGCGAUACAAGGUGGUGCUUCUCGGCGAAGGGCGUGUGGGCAAGACGUCAAUUCUCGUGCGAUACAUCAAGAACGAAUACGACGACCGUCAAGUGUCGACAUUGCAAGCAUCGUACUUGGACAAGAAAUUGUCGGUCGACAAUACUAAUGUGCAGCUCUCCAUUUGGGAUACCGCCGGCCAAGAACGCUUCCAUGCGUUGGGGCCGAUAUACUACCGCGAUGCUGAUGGUGCGCUGCUUGUGUACGACAUCACGGACGAGGAAUCCUUCGUAAAGGUCAAGACGUGGGUGAAAGAACUCCGACGCAUUGUCGGUGACGAUAUUGACAUUGCGAUUGCCGGGAACAAGAUCGAUUUACAUCGCAACCGCAAGGUCUUGGAAGCCGACGCUGUCAAGUACGCGCAGUCUGUCAACGCGACCCAUUUCCACACAUCGGCCAAGUUGAACAAGGGUUUGGACGACGUCUUCAUCGACUUGUCGAAGCGCAUGCUCGCGCGGGGGGGGUCUCGGUCAAAGAAAAACAAACAGAGCGCUCUCAUCGCUGACGACGAACCCGUGGCGGCGCCCCAGUCUUCGUAUGGCCCAGGCAGCACAGAUUCCAGCGGCCGGGCGCGCGACGGUGGCCGCAACACGAUUCAAAUCGUGGACGACGGCCGCGGCAACACUGGGCGUGGGGCGGCUGCAGCGGGAGGUGCUGCCGCCUCGGGAGGCGGUAGUGGCAAGAAGGGAGGCAGCUGCUGUUAAUAUUUACUUCGUUGGUAUUGAAUACAAGAUAGUGGCGUUGCUGGCUGGUGAAGUUAUAAUGAUGG